UUGGGGAAGCCGCAGUAAAUGCGGCUCAUGAUGUUGAAACGUUUCCUCCUCUGUUAUUCAGGCUAGAGAGAGAGAGAAAGAAAGAGAGAGAGAGAGAGAGAGAGGCGCUGCAUUUAGGCAGAACGGGGAUGUGAUGCAUUAGUCCCGUCUCCUCCCUCCUUCUGCUCCUCCUUUGCUUCUCCACCGCGAGGAGCCUAAAGAUGCGCACACCACCUUGAAGCGACCUCGUUUGCACGUACGCGAUUGACGAUUUGUGCUCAUGAGCCUGCUCGGAGGCUACAAGAAGAGGAGCGGUUAUGAUGGUUAUGAAUCUUUGCAGUUGGUCGAUAGCGGAGGAGGCGGCGGCGGAGACUUCAGCAGCAGCAGCGGCGGCGGCGGCGGAGGAGGUGGAGGAUUGGCAGCAGUGACCCUCGGCUCCAAGGCGCGACCGGACCACUGCAGCAUCAUGGACGGCUCAGAUAUGGAUGGGAACUAUGGGGGUGGACUGCUGGACAUGGUUAAAGGCGGUGCCGGAAAGUUCUUCAGCAACUUCAAGGACAACCUGAAAGACACCAUCAAGGACACUUCCACAAAGGUUAUGAAUCAAGUGGCCACCUACACCAAAGGAGAGCUGGACAUUGUCUACAUCACCUCACGUAUCAUAGUGAUGUCAUAUCCUGCGGAGGCUGUGGAGUUGGGCUACAGGAACCAUGUGGAGGAUAUCCGCUCUUUUCUGGACUCGCGUCAUGCCGAUCAUUACACCGUUUUCAACCUGUCCCAGAGGAACUACCGUGGAGCCAAGUUCUCCAACAGGGUGUCUGAAUGCAAUUGGCCAUCCAGACAAGCCCCGAGCCUUCACAACCUGUUUGCUGUGUGUAAGAACAUGCACAACUGGCUCAAGCAGAACCCCAAGAAUGUGUGUGUGAUCACUUGCUCGAAUGGCCGAGGUCCUUCUGGUGUGCUGGUCUGUGCCAUGUUCUGCUUCUGCCACCUCUUCGCUAACCCGGGACCUGCCAUGCAACUGCUCAGCGCCAAGAGACCCGGGUCAGGCCUGUGGCCCUCACACAGGAGGUACGUAGGCUACGUGUGUAGCAUGGUUUCAGAGAAGCCCACUUUGCCCCACUCCAAACCACUAAUAAUCAAAGCAGUCACGAUGAAUCCUAUACCCUGCUUCAACAAACAGCGCAGUGGCUGUCGACCUUUUUGCGAUGUCCUGAUUGGCGAGACAAAAAUCUUCUCCACCGCACAGGAGUAUGAGAGGAUGAGGGAGUACAGGGUGCACGAGGGAAAGGUGGUCUUCAACCUGGGAGUGAGUGUCCAAGGCGAUGUCGUGAUCUCAGCCUACCACAUGCGCUCCCAUGCACUGCAAGCCAAGGUGACCAACACGCAGAUAUUCCAGAUUCAGUUCCAUACAGGCUUCAUUGCCCCCGGCACAACAGUCUUAAAGUUUAUGAAGUCAGAGCUGGAUGCGUGUGAUUCUCCAGACAAGUAUCCUCAGCUGUUCCAAGUGCUGCUGGAGAUCGAGGUGGAAAACACAGAGAAGCAGAAAGACCUCACGCCACCCUGGGAACAGUUCCCCACUAAAGACCUGAGCCCAAACAUUCUGUUCUCCUGCCACCAGGAACACAAGGAUGCUCUUGCUGUUGCAGAUCCAGUGCAGGCGCAAGGAGCCCAAGGAGGACGUGUGGGCCCGAAUGAGGAGAGCGAGCCCUCAGAUGAUGACAUGCUCUCGCUCUCUAGCCAGCAGAGCAGCGGCAGCGGUGACAAAGCCAAAGGGGCCGGUAAAGCCGAGGCUCAGCCUACUGCUCCCCCUCCACCUGCUGAGGACGUUGACCUCCUGGGCCUGGAUGGAGGGGACAUUCAGCCUCCUCCAACUUCCUCACAGCUGCCUAGUACCACAAACACCGCCACUGACCUCCUGGGAGAUCUGUUUGGAGCUCCAGCCUCUCAGUUAUCCAGUGGCACCACCUCUGCCCAGUCUACUCCUAAAAGGACUGCCUCCUCUACCUCGCCAUGCCCCUCACCUAAACCUACAGACAAUUUUGAUCUGUUUGGGUCAGCUCCAUCUUCUGCAAAGCCUCAAGACUUUAUGGGGGCCUUCCUGGGACCAGGUAAUGUGGGGCAGCCAGAGCCUUUCCUGCAUGCUGCACGCUCUCCAUCUCCCACUAUGCAGAACAUGGGCUUGGGCCGCAGCUCGCCAGUGCCACCCACUACACCCACCGUAAACAUCCAGCAGCAGAGCACUGUGGGAGGAGGAUGGGACUGGAACAGAUCAGCUCCCCCUGCAGGUGGUGGUCUCAGUGUAGGCAGUAAAUCAGCUGGUACAAGUCCUACCAGCUCUGUACAGAACACUCCGACUCACCAGGCCAAACCGAACACCCUGGACCCUUUCGCUGACCUCGGCAAUCUGGGGGCCAGUCUGGGAGGUGGAUCAGGUUUCUCCAGUAAGCCCACCACUCCAACUGGAACAGGAGGAGGAUUUCCUCCCAUGAGUUCCCCUCAGAGACCCACUGCCUCUCCCCAGCACACCACAGCAGGCUGGCAGUCCAGCACGGCUUUCCCCUCAUGGCAGCAUGGAGGUGCGGGUCAGUGGCAGCCACAGGCUCAGGCCAAAGCUCCAGGACCAUCCAUGACACACAGCUCUCCUCAGAACAGGCCCAACUACAAUGUCAGCUUCUCUGGCAUGGGCGGAGCUGCGACAGGGGGAAAAGCACAACCCAACACGGGAACCAAGCCGAAAGCUGCUGAUGCUAACUUUGAUGACCUGCUGUCUGGCCAAGGCUUUACAGGCAGCAAGGAAAAGAAAGGCCCAAAGACUAUAGCAGAGAUGAGAAAAGAGGAAAUGGCAAAGGAGAUGGACCCAGAAAAACUCAAGAUCCUGGACUGGAUCGAGGGGAAGGAGCGCAACAUCCGUGCUCUACUCUCCACCAUGCACACAGUGCUGUGGGAGGGAGAGAGCCGCUGGAAACCUGUAGGCAUGGCUGACCUUGUCACACCUGACCAGGUGAAGAAGGUCUACCGCAAGGCUGUGCUGGUCGUCCACCCUGACAAGGCAACUGGACAGCCCUAUGAACAAUAUGCCAAGAUGAUUUUUAUGGAACUAAAUGAUGCAUGGUCAGAGUUUGAAAGCCAAGGACAAAAAGCUCUUUACUGAGACUUCCUGCACUGAGCGAUCGCAGUAAAACCCCACCCCGCUGCUGUUUACGAUACAAUCGGUCAACCACUCCUCCUCAGAACAGCACGAGACAAUGAUCAUGUUCAUCAGAACCCCCUUCGCAGUUCUCUGCUCUCUCCUACAUCCUGCUCCACACGCUAGAGCAUUCGCCUGCAUAGUGUGACUGUGUGAGUGUCAGUUUGUAAUGACUUGCGUAACUGGUGUCUGAUAAAUCAGCUGACGAGUGAGCUACUACAUGAGUUUAGACAUGGUCAUGUUUUCUCCACAGAGCUAGAACUCACAUCUUUCUUUCCAUCAAACACAGUAUUUCUUCAAAUUUUUUUUGUAGUUAGCUAGUUCAGCACCUAAACAACUUGCCGCACGUUAAACUAAUCCAAGUUGCAUAUAGUGGUGUAAGUGGUGUAGACCAUCUGCAGGUCCAAGAUGACACUGAAGUGAGGCCUUAUUGAUAUUUAGCACCAAGAGGUAAGAACAAAGGUUAGCUUGAGGAAAUAUACAGUAAAAAAAAAAUCCUGCUCUUCCACACAUCUACACUGUGUGGAGUGAUGCGAGUCUGUUGCUGUUCAAGUACAGGGAUGAAAAAUACAGAAAUAAUGAAAGACUAGACAAGUCUUGUACAUGCAGCUAGAUAUACUGACAUAUUUAACCGAAUCUGUGAACUGACUAGGAGUUGAAACUUUCCACUGACUGCUGACGUAUCUGUGUGUAUGAAAUGUGCUGCACUGUAUUUUACGUUGUAUUGUUUACAAAAGUAGUCUUAAGACGAAUGGUUUAUUCACAGCAUAGGAAGCCUAAAACAACAAAACACAAGUAGCUACUAAUAAUAUUCAUACUGAAAUAACGUAUCGUAUUGUGGUGUGCGCUUAAUUCUUUGUGACAGACGAGUACUAAAAUCAUAAGGCUGGAAAAAUUACAGUGCACAUUUACUAAAAUGAUCAUGAAUUAAUGGGAUAAUAGGGAGCUUGAAGGAAAAUCAUUUUGACAUAACAAUAAUGUAAUAGAUUUUUUUUUUUUUUUUUGGAAGGAGAGUGAAUUGAGAAAUAUUUAAAAAAAAAUUAUAAUGUUUGGAAUUUUGGUGCCUUUCACCAUGUCAAUAUUCACUGAAUAGUUUUAAUUUGUUCUAAUUGGCCUUAUUAAUGAAAAAAUAAAGUUUCAGGCAGGCAUGAAAGAUGUAAACAUAGAGAUAUAAAGAUAUGUCAUAUGGUUCCUUAAAAAAGGCUUAAAUAUUAGUUCAUGACACCCAUUUGAUGUUUUGGUUUUAUUCAAGUCUGCAGUUCUUAUGCAAAUAUUUUUAAAUUGAAUAAUAUUGCUAGAUUUCCAACAUAUCCUAUAUAAUAAUAUUGAAUAUCUACUUUUAUUCUAUCCACAUUCAUUGGAAAUGAGCGAUCGCGUGCUCUGAUUGGCUACUACUAGGAUAUCAGCUCAUACCGUGAGUAGAGAAAAACAAAAUGGCGGCGCGUGUUUGUUGCUGAACCAACCGAGAACGAAAUAAAAACUCUGCUCGAAAACAAAACCCCAGAAAAUACAAAAAAAAAGCAACAAAAUAUGGAAUAAAAGUAUUUGAUGGUGACACAUCAUUUUUUUUUUUUCUCAUCUCGUCUCAUUAUCUGUAGCCGCUUUAUCCUGUUCUACAGGGUCGCAGGCAAGCUGGAGCCUAUCCCAGCUGACUAUGGGUGAAAGGCGGGGUACACCCUGGACAAGUCGCCAGGUCAUCACAGGGCUGACACAUAGACACAGACAACCAUUCACAUUCACACCUACGCUCAAUUUAGAGUCACCAGUUAACCUAACCUGCAUGUCUUUGGACUGUGGGGGAAACCGGAGCACCCGGAGGAAACCCACGCGGACACGGGGAGAACAUGCAAACUCCGCACAGAAAGGCCCUCGCCGGCCACGGGGCACGAACCUGGACCUUCUUGCUGUGAGGUCACUAACCACUACACCACUGUGCCGCCCCCUCAUUUUUUUUCUUUUCAAGAAUUAUUAUUAUUAUAGCAUUUUUCACAAAUUGCGCCUGUCAUUUCGGCAUUUUUUUUUUUUUUACAUUCUAAGCAGAAAUUAUUUUGUAGGAUGUUUUGUAUAAAGCUUUUAUUUACUGAAUUUGCAAAAAAUCCAGUGAAUGUGGAUAGAAUAAAAAUUAUUCCACUCAAUCUUGUCGUACAUGGCUUAUAGCCAACUCGGUGCUACGCGACUCGUCGGCUAUCAGCUCAUGUACGACUUGAUUUUGUGGAAUAACUGUUAAAUAUAUCUCUUAUAAUUCAUAUUGUGGUAGUAAUGAGCCAAGAUUUUGUCACCCCUGUCAACUUUGGCUUGACAAAUCUUUGUGACUCAAUCAUGAUGUAUAUUUGGCCUGAAUGUGCGUGCGUGUGUGUAAGUGUGCAUUGGCCAGUGCUGGCCUAUUAGUUCUUGUGUUAGGGAAUGUGAAUGAUAGAAUGCGCAUUGCUUCUUUUGCCAUAGAGACCUUUCAGUUUAAUUUCACAUAUCAUGUAAAGAUCAUCAUCACUGAACAUCCUCAAGUCAACUUCUGCAAUAAUUUGAAGAGCUUCAAGUCAUGUGUAGGUCUGUAAAGUGGUACACAAUCCGAAUGUAAUGACUCUUGGUGUUCAACAAACCACAAAUCUGAUCUGCCCUUUCUCAAUUGGUAUAUUUGCACUGGAACAACACUCUUUAACGAUGAUCUACGAUAGCUAUGUGCAUUAACAUACAGUACCUACAAACCCAUUGCUCAUCAUUUCUCUGCCUGUGUGAAAAACUGGAAAAAAUAUCCUGCUGUUGACUUUUGAGGGUCUUCUGGAUCUUUUUAUUCGACUGCCUUUCCCUCUCUGCAAAAGUCUUACCUGAAAAUAUCUUCUUAAAACAUCAAGCAUCAAUUAUUGGAUGGACCCCUGCAUCUGGAAUCGCACAUUCAUUCCUCUUCCUUCACCUGCUGUGGACUGAAUUCUCUUCCAGCUCGAGGCUGUCCUGUUGUUCUGAAGCUAAUCUCUGUAUACAGUAGUGAAUGUGUGGUGUUACCAAUAAUACUGUACUGUGUAAGAAGGUGGUUUGGAUACAGCUCUGUGUUUGCCUGUCUGCUGUAUCACCAUUACUGAAAUGUGAACUUUAUUUUACGUGUUCCCUCUUUUGUUUUCACCUGUAAAAAAAAAAAGUGAGCUGCACAAAUAAAUGGACGAGAGUACGCGAUCUGUAAAA